ACUAGCUAUGUUACACAUGAGGUGGUGAUUUAAUGUCAGAUUAUCCAACACCAUCAUUUGUGUUGCUACGACAGAAGUGAAGAAUUGACCCAUUAAGUCAGCCAUUAAAACACACGAUUCUAAACAUGUUUUAAAGAGUAUUCCAAUCAAUAUAACUAAAAACUACAUGUUUGAGACUCCAUUUCGGUCUUCAUAGCCUGUUGGUGAUUUACACUUAUCCCACAAACUCAUUUGUAUAUCCCAUUUGUAAUGUAACGGAAGUUAAACCAAAGCUAAUUGCAGAAUGGACUCGCCCGCCCUAUAUUCGUGCACUAUACACGUGAAAGAAAGGCUUCUGCACCCUACUUAGUGCACUUGAUGCUAUAACGGGGCGCCAUUUGGAUUUCACCCAAAGUCAUUACCAGUUGUAAGCGGUUGUGGUUCGUUGCUGAGAGUGCAGUGUCUCAUUUCACGACUUGUCAUAAACUCUUGUUUGAGCUGGGGAUAUUUUCAGUUCAGGUAACUUUAUACUUUAUUUUGUAUGUUUAAUUUAUUUACUCAUUCGCUCUGGGAGCAAAGCAGGGAGCUAAUGCUAACCGGUUAGCAAGUUCCUUUCAGUCCUGCUUCAGACAAGCUAAGCUAGCUACCUACCUAACUUCUACCUAAAUAAAAAAAUCUAUGUAAGAGCUAAAACGAGCUGUGUUUGUGUGUAUGUGUGUAAGUGUAACUUAGCUGAAAUGGGUGUACACUUAUAUGACGUCAAGGUUUCGUAUUAAUAGUUAGCUAACAUGCUUGACUAACAGCUAAUUGUUUGCUAGCUAGUGUCCUGAUAUUGUUAUUAAAUGGCUGCCUGUGAUCCAGGAGUAUGCGCACUAACUAUUCAUACAAACACCGGAAGUGUUACAGGUGGCAUAUUUCUACUCCUCCCAAGUUUGUGUGUUUGUUUGUUUUAUGUUUUUUUUGUUUUUUUUGUUUUUAUAAACUGCUUCUUCCAGAUGUGGUCUGAGAAAUUGUUUCUAAAAAUGUCUGAUAUGUCAGCUGAUUAUUUCUAAGCGUCCAUCAGCUUAUUGAGAUAAAUAUUAUUGCUCAGUAAUGUAGUCAGGGUAGUUAGAGCACGUGUGACUUGUAGCCACUUCAAGCCACUGGUUAUAAACUCUUGAAACUUAAUAUCAGACACUGGGCAGUUGGUUUGGUUUUUUAUUUUUUUGUGUGUGUGUUUUUAACAGCCUUACUAGGGACAAGGAGUGGCUUUGGUGUUGAGUUCCCUGUUGUAAAUGUUUUUAUUACGUCUACUUUUCUUUCCCAUUUUUGGCAGGACACAUGCGGCGCUCGAAGCGGAUGCGCUGUCCUGAUGGACGGAGGAUGGGUGAGUGGAGCUGGGAGGAGGAAGAAGACCGGAACGUGGAGGCUCACAAGCGACCGAAGAGGGACUCGCGCAGCACUGAGAGAGACAGGAGACCAAGACGGUUCCACCACUACAGAACCUACGAAAGGUGCAACAGAAGCACUAGGGGGCUGGAGUACGCAGAGCGCAGGGUGCCAGAGCCCGGCCUGAAGCCGCGGGGCAAUGAUAAGCGAGCAACUGACCGAGCUGACGGGCGUUGGCACCACUACAGUAAAUCCUUGGCUCGAUGCGGUAGCAGAGAACAGCAACUCUCUAAGCACCACAACAGCCGUUCACACUCGAAAAGUCAUCGCAGGAAAAGAACCUGGAGUUUUGAGGAUGAUGAGGAGGGCCACCUGAUCUAUCACAAUGGACAAGUUCUAAGAGCAAGAUAUGAGAUUGUGAGCACUUUAGGUGAAGGAGCCUUUGGAAAAGUAGUGGAGUGUAUUGACCACACAAAAGAUGGUAUCAGGGUGGCCCUGAAGAUAAUCAAAAAUCAGGAGCGCUAUCGCGAGGCAGCUCUUAUCGAGGUGGAGGUGCUGAAACAGAUGAACGUGUUGGACUCUGAAAAUUGUUUUGCGUGUGUUCGGAUGCUAGACUGGUUUGAUCACCACGGUCACAUCUGCAUCGUGUUUGAGUUGUUGGGCCUGAGCACAUAUGACUUCCUGAAGGAGAAUGACUACAUGCCCUUUACGGUUGACCAGAUCAGACCCAUGGCAUAUCAGAUCUUCAGAGCUGUACACUUUCUUCAUCAGAAUAAGCUAACACACACUGACUUGAAACCUGAAAACAUUCUCUUUGUGGAUUCAGACUGUGACAUAGAAUACAAUAAUAAGUUGAAACGGGAUGAGAGGACACUGAAGAACCUCAAUGUGAAGGUUGUGGACUUUGGCAAUGCUACGUACGACCAUGAGCACCAUACUUCAGUGGUGUCGACACGUCACUACAGAGCACCUGAGGUUGUCUUGGAGCUGGGCUGGAAUCAGGCGUGUGAUGUUUGGAGUUUGGGCUGCAUUCUGAUUGAAUACUAUCUGGGAUUAACACUGUUUCAGACUCAUGACAGCAAGGAGCAUCUAGCCAUGAUGGAGAGGGUUCUAGGACCAAUACCGGCACACAUGCUCCAGCGAACAAGGAAACAGUGCUAUAUUCAUCAUGGCAAGCUGGACUGGGAUGAUUGCAGCUCAUCAGGGAGAUACGUGAGGAAGCACUGCAAGCCUCUCAAGCAAUACAUGUCCUCCAAGAGCUCGGAACAUGAGCAGCUGUUUGACCUGCUCCAGAAGAUGAUGGAGUAUGAUGUGUCUAAGCGCAUCACCCUGGAGGAGGCCAUCAAACACCCGUUUUUCACCCCACUUAGGAAAGAGAGUGAAAAGUGAACCUCUGAUCACCUGUUUCACCCCUUUACACCUCCCACGGAGACUCCUGCUGACUGUAUCAGUCACGUUACUGGAGCAAUAAGUCUUAAGAUAAAGCUUUAAGUAUUAAUUAAAUGAAUCCAGCUACAAACUGCAUGUCGGUGCUUUGUUUUAGCUGUGUACUGACCAGUGAUAUAAGAACAUACAGAUGACAAAACAAGAAUGUUGCACAUUUCUCCUUCAAUGUUACCUGCUUGCUUAAUGUACAUAUUUAUUUUGUGAUUUCAUGUGUACAAUGUCUUCCACUGGAUUUUUGAGUUAAUUAAACUUCACUACAGUUUCAGAUAAUCAUGA